AUGAAUAAAUACACACGAAAACUUUAUUUCGACCACGAGGAAGAUCGAGACAAGGGGCCUAGCAUUAACUCCGAUGACCUUGAGGAACGAAUAGCAGCUCGACAGCUUCGAAUCGCAGAAAGAUUAGCUUCUUUACGCCCCGACUACUUUGAUGAGAAGGCAUCAACUGAGGAGAAAGCAGGCGUAUUAGCUCCCUCAAAUCCAUUAGCCAAUGCGCAGGUGGCGUUAAGUGCUCAACGAAUUGUUAAUCUUUGUCGGAAUGGGAACGCCUUUAUUACAAAUCUCAAGGUUGCUUGUGACGCACGCGAAAAUCUACGCCGUGUGGAGGAGGAGGAGCUUGACGACGUUCGACAGGCCAAACUUGAUGCGGAACAAAAGGCAGUAACAAAGUUGUUUGAAGAUGUUGAAGAAAAAUGGGAGGAAAUAAAAACCAGGAAAGGCGCUCAUGAGUUGCACGACAUUUUUGAGGAGCUGAAGACUAAUUGCGCCAAAAUCAUUGAUGAGAAGAACAAACUAAUAUAUGACAUUCAUUUGGAGUUGAAAGCUAAAGACGACCACUUCGUGAAAGAACUCAGGAAACGAACAGAAGAUGUCGAUAUCAUGGUAGAGCGAAUGGAAUCUCAGAUGAAGUCAAUGCAACGCGCCUACGACUUUGAAUUGAGAGAAAUUGAGAAAGCCUUCCUGCAAGAUCGCGAGGAUCUGCUGAAGGUGCAGACCAAUGAUUGGGAGGAUUUUAUGGCUGAACUAAAAAAAAAGCAAGAGAACUACCUGGAAGAACGAAAGAAUCGCAUUGCUGAACUGGAAGAAUUGAUCCAAAGACUGCGAACCAAUCACUCCGAGGAAUUCAACGCGCUCAAACUACGACUAACAACAGAAGUCCAGAAUAUGGAAACAGAUCUUCAACAGAUGAAGGCAACGUAUCAGUUAAACCUAGAGAAGCUGGAGUAUAAUUUCCAAGUUCUGAAGAGACGCGACGAGGAGAAUACCUUCACACGAUCUCAACAGAAGCGAAAAAUCACACAACUACAGGAUCAACUCAACCGUCUUCGUGUUUUCUCUAAGAAACAGAAAGAAUUUCUUCGGUCACUAAUAAAGUUUGAGGAGCAAAAUUUCCGUGAUAUUUGGAUUAUGAACGAGGAUGAAUUAAGGAAAGACGCAGAAAAGUUGAUGGCGGCUGACAAAAUUAUCAUGGAGCAACAGUUGGGGCUCACUUGGACGCCACCCAACGUGCUGCCACAGACUCUCAAGGAAGCACCGAAGGAUAUCGUCGACAAAUUUUUGACAAUGCUUGCUUUUGAACCCGAAUUUCUUAUAGAAGUGAAGAUGAAAAAGUUGUUAAGGGGCCUACCAUUUGAUGACCAGAAACUGAUUCGGCUGGACGCAGUGCUUAACGUGCUGAAGGUGAACAGUGAAAGAUUACUGGACAAACUUUUCACCUACUUCAUCCUGCCCUGUGAUGAAAACAGACCUAAACCUUUGCCCAUAUCGCUGCCUGUUUCGUCCCCUUAUGGGCAAGAUGCUCAGCAGGAAGGUGGAAAAAACGAGCUUCAGAAGUGUGAGUCACAGAGCACAACACCACCAGACAGUCUCGCGCCAACCGAGGUGCCUACUUUUAACGAGGAGGUGUCUUUCAGCGUCAUUCGGCUCAUCGACCCAAUCGAUGUACCCCAGGUGUUGCAUCGCUUCGCUGUGGAAAAUUGCGUACAUGGUGUCACACUUGCCACUAUCGAACGCGCGGUGGAUAGCACCGCUCCUGUAACUGCCAGCUUGCCUGAGGACGUCAUUAAAGGGGUUGCUGAAAAGGGUAGUGCUGUAAAAAUUAUCCACCGGGUUAGCGCACGACAGCAGGAUCUCCUUGACAUGGAAAUGGAUCGCGAGCAUUGGCACAAAUAUCUGAGAACAUUCGCUCCUGACGAAAAGAAAAUGAUGUGGGCAGGACUGAAGCGAGCGCUACAACACUACCUCAGCAUCUUGCAGGCACGAUCAAGGCUCAUAGUAGAUAAUGCAGCGAUGCGAAAUCAAAACACGGAACUGCGACACUUACUAAAACUCUAUUCGCAGUCUCAGGGCACAAACACCGACCAGGAUUCUAGAUUUGCCGACAAGAAGAAGAAGCUACUGAAAAGCAUGAAGUUUGGCGACAACUUAAACGAGAAAGUCGACACGCAAAGAGUUAACGUUGAGUCCAUUAAACCCUGGAUCGUCAAGCGCAUCACUGAGCUUCUCUCAUACGAGGACGAUAUUGUCUGCGAUUUCGUCGUAAAUAUGCUUUCCGAGCAGUUUCCUGAUCCCAAGGACAUUCAAAUUAAUCUCACGGCCUUUCUGGGUAGCAAGAGUGCGCGGAUCUUCGUUACAGAGCUCUGGGAUCUUCUCCUUUCUGCAAUGAACACGACCGGCGGCGUUCCCGCCAUCCUCCUGGAGGCCAGAAAAGUCGAGAUUCUCGGUAGCAAGGUUGUUUAUAUGGGCGUUCUACAGGCCCAAGAAGAGAGGUUUCGAGCGGAGCAGGCCUCACGUCAACUGGAAGGAGGAGGUGGCGGUGGCAGCAGCGGAGGAGUAACGAUCAAUCGGCCGAGGGAACAUGGUGAUGGACCUUCUCCCACUCACCCCAUCUCUCCUGCCGCUACUAAUCAACGUCGUCGAUCACCGUCCCCACCACGCAAUGAGAGGAAGGAGGUUGACUCCCGUAGUAGGAACCGUCGACGCUACUCAUCUUCGCCCGAUUCCGAAAGUGAGCGAAGUCGAAGCAGGCGUCGACGCAGAGAGGAAGAGGACAUAGAAGCUGAGGUUGCGGAACAGGGCGAUUGGGAUCGAAGGAGACGGCGGCACCGCCGUAGCUACUCUAGAUCACCCUCUAGUCAUCGACGUGACUACCACCGUCAUCACCAUCGUCACGGGCAUCAUAGUCCACGAGACCGUCGGUAUGAAGAGGUAGAAAUGGAUGCAGACAUCCGCUCUUUCCACGAACGUCGUCGACCUCGUUCAAGGGAGGGUAGAAGGCCACGAGAGGAGGAGAGGGAGAGGGCCGUUCACAACGCUGAUGGUCCAAUAUGCGUGCCACGUGCAGGCACACCUUCUCCGCCGCACCCACCAACACAGCGCCAACAGCCUUCACCCGUGACCGAAACCAAAGUAAACGGUGAAGGGACUGAGGAAAGUGUUGAGAGACCCCAUCGCAGUGGUAGAUCACCCCGUCGGGGUGUCCCAAGGUCGUCCCCUCGUGAAGACAGGUCUCGACGCACAGAUGAAGUCUAUCGUGAAGAUAGCAGAGCCUACAAGGAGAGGUCAUCUUGGCGACGAGAUGAUUCCCAUGAUAGGCGUCGAAGUAGUCGCCUGACUAUGGAAAACGAGACAUAUGUGGAGGAACAUCGUCGACACGAUAAUCACGAGGGUUUGGAAGAUCGCAUUAAAGCACGACAACGUCGAGAUGAAAAGUCGGUAGAGGAGAGAGAGGGGCCGGAGCAACGCCAACAAAGACGAAUACCUCCUGCUUCCUCUUCUAGACGUCGCAGCCCCGAGGGACCCAUUCUUCCACCAGGUGAUAGAGAUCGAAGAAGGGGCAGGAGAGAGGGAGAAGAUGCUCCUCUGGUCUCUCCAGAGGGUCCAGAGCUUCCAAAAGGUCUGGUAAAACAGAGGACGGAAGAAGAGGAAGAAAAGGCUAGGAAAAUUGAGAAAAAGACUAAGAAGCGACGAACUUCCUCGUCGUCAUCUUCUUCCUCCUCUUCGUCAACAUCCUCCUCGUCGUCUUCCUUGGAGUCUAGCUCAGACGAUGAGUCGUCGGAUUCGAGUUCUGACUCAGACAGUAGCAGUAACGAAAGUGAUAGUAGUAGCAGUUCCUCCUCUUCGUCUGACGACUCCGAUGUUCGUACUAAAGGGAAGAAGAGAAAGCAUUCCAAAGCUCACGAAAAGCCAGUCAUCGAUGAGGGUUUUCUUUUUACACUUCAGAAGAGCAAAUCUGCGAAAAGGCGCAAGGUACGUAAACACAAAGCGAAGGAGAAGUCGAUAAAGAAGAAGCGAGAGACGCAAGUGCUGAAGGAGGGUGUUAAGAAGAACAAAAGGGAGCUUCCACAGUCACUCUCUCCUGAGGGUCCGAAGCUUCCACCACCGGUUGAAGAAAUUGAAAGUCCUGGCGUAGAAUGGAAAGAAAGGAGGAGGGGUGAUGAUGUCAAUGAAGUCUUGUCUUCUACCUCUUCAUCUUCCAGUGAAGACUCAUACACUGAUUCAUCUUCAAGCUCGUCCUCGUCAUUGACGAGCUCCAGUUCUGAGGAAAAACGCGAAAUAUUGAGAGAGGUGCCUUCAAAACGCUCUCGUCAGGACGACGAUUUUAGUGAUGGGGAUAAAGAGCGUGGACGCAAAAGAAAUAAUGAUGUGGAUAUUACUGAAAGUCGUAGUGGCAGUGGGAAACGUCGAAGACGCGGCGGAGACGUCGACUUCAUGGAAGGAGACAAGGAGGAUGAUGAGGUUGAGGUGGACAGGCGUCGCGGAAGUAGUAGUCGAAGCGAAGAGGAUCGUCUCCGACGCAGAGCAUUGGAGUCGUUGAAGCGAAAGAAUGCUGUCGUUGGGGCCUCGCGUCCAAUGGAUUCGUCUUGA